UGGCGGGGGGGGCAGACAGGCGGGGGCUGCUGCAAGAGGUUGCUGUGGGUCUGUCCUCUCUCACGCCGUGGCUGCGGAUGCGGCCAGAUGUUCUCCCCGGGGAGCCCGCGCCGGACAGCAGUGCUGGUGUCGGGUGCCAGCUCUGCCAGGGAAGGGGAGUGAGCCCCAGGGUGCUGGCGGCACCCCACAGCAGAGCCCGCGGGGACGAGCAGCUGGGCAGCGGGUGCGUUUGCCGAGCCAGACGCUCCCCCCGCAGUGCCCAUCGCCCUGGCAUCCUGCCUGUGGCCUCGGCUGGGGAGCGGAGAGCCGGAUGUCUCCUCUCCCUCCCUCCUUCCCUGCUUCCUGAGGGGGGAAACUGAGGCCUGGGAGAGUUUCCCAAGGCCAGGACGAGUUUCCAUGGAAAUAGGAGCGGGGGUCCAGGCUCCCAGCUGCCGGAGCGGGUGCCCACUGCUGAACAAGGGAGAAAGCGGGACAUUGAUGGGAGCCCGGCCCCCUGGGCGCGCGUCCCAGCCCCGGCUGAAAAUAACCCCUCCCCGGAGCGCUGCUUGGGCAGCCGGCCGGGACCGAGCCCCGCGGCCGGACAGGGGUCCCCAGGAAGCGGCUCCAGCCAGGGGGUGACCCCAGCCCUGACUGCCGCCACCCUCCGCCCCGGCCGUGUUGCGUUGGGGAAGGGGAGGGCCGGCCAGGAGGCUCGAGAGCCGGACGGAAGAAGGGGGAGAGCCACAGCCCGCGUCCGGCUGACGGACGCCCCGAGAACCCCUGCCUGCUCCGGGGGCAUAUACGGGGCGGCCGAGCCCAAGGGGCAUCUCCGCAUCCCGGAUGGCACGGCUGCCGGUGCCCCUGCUGCGCUGAGCGGGCUCUGCCGGGGGACGCCGGCUCCGGGGAAGGGACAUCGGCGGUGCCAGGAGCCGGCGACGGGCAGCCAGGCAGGAUGCGACGCUUCCAAGCUUUGCGCCAAUCCUUCCCUUUCCUCACCCGCUUCCGCCUCUACCGAGUAAGUGCCGACCCUCGCCCCGGCAGACCCUAUGCUGGCUGUCACUCAGCCCUGUCCCCGUCGCCUGUGGGCAGGGGACCAGCCGUCCCCGGCCACCCGCGGGCGCACACCGAAGGGCAGCGGCUGCUUUCGCCCCGUGUGCCCCCGUCUGCCCCCGUGCCCAGCUGCUUGCCGCACCCGCCGUAUUUUUAGCCCAGUGCCGAGGGCUGUAAUUGUGGUGACGCACCGAGGGAGUCGAGCACAGGGGAUGAGGACAGCGGGGACCCGUGGGAAGAGGAGAGGAUGGAGCGGGCUGUGCUGCUGUAGGACCGGGAUGAGGGUCCCUCUUUGCGCCCAGCUGACAGCAGCGAGGGGCAGAGACGUGCCUCUUCCCAGAAAGAGGCUGAGCUGUAGCAUGCAGGCAGAGGAGGGCACGGACUGGCUGCUGGAGCUGCUCACUGAGCUGCAGCUGCAGCAGUACUUCCUGCGCAUCCGGGACGAGCUCAACGUCACCCGCCUCUCCCACUUCGAGUACGUCAAAAAUGAGGAUCUGGAGAAGAUUGGCAUGGGGCGUCCUGGCCAGCGGCGGCUGUGGGAGGCAGUGAAGCGGCGGAAGGCCAUGUGCAAGCGGAAAUCCUGGAUGAGCAAGGUGUUCAGCGGGAAGCGCCCUGAGUCAGAGCUGCCGCCCCAGCCCCAGAGCACUUUCCGCAAGCCCCCCACACCACCGCCCCCCGAAGCCGGGGGCCAGCACUCCCUUACCUGCCUCGUACGGGAGCGGGACCUCUCCAUCUUUGAGAAGUUGGGCGACGGCUCCUUUGGCGUCGUACGUCGUGGCGAGUGGUGCACGCCCGCCGGCAAGACGCUGGAUGUGGCAGUGAAGUGUCUCAAGACGGAUGUGCUGAGCCAGCCGGAGGCGCUGGAUGACUUUAUCCGGGAGGUGAAUGCCAUGCACUCUCUGGACCACAGGAACCUUAUCCGUCUCUAUGGCGUGGUGCUCUCCCACCCUAUGAAGAUGGUGACAGAGCUGGCCCCACUGGGCUCCCUCCUGGACCGCCUGCGGAAGAAUCAGGGUCAUUUCCUCAUCUCCACCCUCUGCCAGUAUGCCAUCCAGGUGGCCAAGGGCAUGGCCUACCUGGAGUCCAAGCGUUUCAUCCACCGUGACCUGGCUGCCCGCAACAUCCUGCUGGCCUCCAAUGAGCUGGUCAAGAUUGGGGACUUUGGGCUGAUGCGGGCCCUGCCCAAAAAUGACGACCACUAUGUGAUGCAGGAGCAUCGCAAGGUCCCCUUCGCUUGGUGUGCUCCUGAGAGCCUGAAGACACGCACCUUCUCCCAUGCCAGCGACACCUGGAUGUUUGGGGUGACUCUCUGGGAGAUGUUCACCUAUGGGCAGGAGCCUUGGAUUGGCCUCAACGGCAGCCAGAUCCUGCACAAGAUAGACAAAGAGGGUGAGCGGCUGCCACGGCCUGAGGACUGUCCGCAGGACAUCUACAAUGUCAUGCUGCAGUGCUGGGCACACAAGCCUGAGGACCGACCCACCUUCGUGGCCCUGCGGGACUUCUUGGUGGAGGCCCAGCCCACUGACAUGAGAGCACUGCAGGACUUCGAGGAGCCGGACAAGCUGCACAUCCAGAUGAACGACAUCAUCACAGUCAUCGAGGGCAGGGCUGAGAAUUACUGGUGGCGGGGUCAGAAUAAGCGGACCCUAAAAGUGGGCCAGUUCCCCCGAAACACGGUGACCUCGGUGGCAGGGUUGUCGGCGCACGACAUCAGCCAGCCGCUUAAAAACAGCUUCAUCCACACGGGCCAUGGAGACACCAACCCCCAGCACUGCUGGGGGUUUCCCGAUAAAAUUGAUGAGCUGUACCUGGGAAAUCCCAUGGACCCUCCUGACAUUUUAGGUGUGGACCCGAGUGCUGCCAGACCCACCCAGCUUCCUGGCAGGGCUAAAAGGCAGCCGCCUCCGCGCCCUCCUCAGCCUACCGUCCUGCUCACCAAGCCCUGCUACGACCCAGUCAGUGAGGAGGAGGAGGGUCUGCCGGGGGGUCUCCGGAAGCUCUGCCUGAAGAAGCCAGGCCCAGGCAAGGGUCUGCGACCGGUCAAGCCGUCAGCACGCGUUCCAGGCACCAAGGUGGGCGAGCGGCAGCCCAGCCGCCAGCUGACCAGUGAGGGGCCGGCAGGCGGCGAGGUGACCCUCAUCGAUUUUGGGGAGGAGGUGCCCCAAGGGAGCCCCUCGCCAGUGGGGGAGCUGACAGCCCCGUCGCUGGCCAAGCUGGCUAUGGAGGCCUUCUCCUUGCUGGACAAGACCCCACCACAGAGCCCCACGCGGGCUCUACCCCGGCCCCUCCACCCUACGCCAGUGGUGGACUGGGACGCCCGCCCCUUGCCCCCACCGCCUGCCUAUGAUGACGUGGCGCAGGAUGAGGACGACUUCGAGGUCUGCUCCAUCACCAGCCCUCCAAGCCGGCGGGGCAAGACCAACUAUGGCUUUGUGGAUGAGGGCGAGCGGGGACCAGCGCUGGAGGACAACCUCUUCCUGCCCCCCAAGGAGAUGAAGCAGCCCAGCAUGACACAGACCACAGAGCUCUUUGAGGAGCUGCAGCAGGAGUGCAUGAAGAGGCUUAAUGUCCCCCUGGGACCAGCUGCCCCAACAGAUGACAAGCCCCAAAUCCCACCCCGUAUCCCUAUCCCACCCCGGCCCGUACGCCGUAACGAGCCCGGGCGCUGGUCGGGGGAGCUCUCCCCAGCAUCAGGGGGUGAGGAGGACCGUCCACCCCAGAUCCCACCCCGGGACCCGCUGUCGCAGCCCACCUCCCGGACACCGAGCCCCAUGGCCCUGCAGGUGGGGUCCCCCCAGCAACGUGCCGCCCUCUGCUCUUGCCUCUCCACCUCGCCAGGGAAGCCCAUGCCCACCACGCAGAGCUUUGCCCUGGACCCCAAGUACGCCACCCCCAAGGUCAUCCAGGCACAGGGCAAGGACUGUUCCAAGGGACCCUGCAUCCUGCCCAUCGUGAAGGAUGGGCAGAAAGUCAGCAGCACCCACUACUACCUGUUGCCUGAGCGCCCUGCCUACCUGGACAAGUAUGAGAAGUUCUUCAAGGAGGCCAAAAGCCCCGAGGAGGCGCAGGCACCCCGCCUGGUCACCACGGCCACCGUUCGUCCCAUGGUGCAGCAGCCGCCAACAGACUGCAAAGCCAACUUCUCCUCCAACAACAGCAACCCUGGGCCCAAGUGCCUGGUGAAAGCCUCCUGCAGCCUCCAGAAGAUCAUCUAUGAUGGGCCGGAUGGCUGCCGCCCUGCUGACAAGAUCCGGCUGGUGCAGGACACAGUGCACGGUGUGACCACGGAGGAGUGCCAGGCGGCCCUGCAGAACCAUGGCUGGAGCGUCCAACGGGCCAUCCAGUACCUGAAGGUGGAGCAGCUUUUCUGCCUGGGGCUGAAGUCCCGCGUUGAGUGCCACCGGGUGCUGGAGAUGUUCGACUGGAACCUGGCCCAGGCCAGCUCCCACCUCCUUGAUCCCUACAGCACCACCCGCCAGAAGCGGUGACAGUGGGGAUGGGGCGAGCUGUGUCAGAUCUGGAGCAGGCAUCUCACCGUGGGGCCACCCCCUGGUGCCCACCCUCACCUACACAACCUGCUGCUGGACUCUGGACUGAGCCGCCACUUGGGGCAUGGGGACACCCCGAAAGGGAGCCUGCUCAGCACCCGUGACUUGUCGGAGUGCCUGCGCCUUGGCCUCAGUGAUGGGCUCCAUCCCCAUGCCCCUUGUUGAAUUGUUUUUGUAAAGAGAAAUGUAAUUUUAAUAUAUAUAUAUUAUGUAUAUAUAAAAAACUAUUCUAUGGA